CUGAAGUCCGCCCUUUCGGACCCAGACAUCUAACCGCAUUGGAAGCGACACCCGAAUCCAUCUAUUCCAAACCUUGGCAACAGUUCUGUCCUCUUUUUCUUCUCAUCUUCUCCUCUUCUGUCGACAUCUCGCACCAAUUUGUUGUUUUUCUUUUUCUUUUUUCCAACUCCUCGAAUCGUGAAACGGUCUCGUCUCAACGGUUAUCCCCACUUUUGACCACUUCAAAGGCAGGGAUAUCCAUUUCCACGCGACUUACACAUUCAAUGUCCUCCUGAAAAAGAGAGAAGCAGAAUGUUCCGGAUAUUUGUCAUAGCCGUCCUCCCCCUCUUCUUCGUCUUCUCCUCUGAAAUCUUCACCUUCCUAUCCGGCGCCCUCUGCCCAUCAUGCAACUGCGAGUCAGCGAAACCACUUCACAGGAUCCCUCGCCCCCAGCUCAGGCCAGAGUUUCUGGCGCUGGAGAACGGGACUGAUGCCAGGCUGGGGUGUGAAGACGUCGGGUAUAAGAUGCAUGUCUUUUCCCGGGAGCCGUUGGUGGUGUAUUUUGAGAAUUUUGUUUCGGCGAGGGAGAGGGAGCAUUUGCUUGAUAUUAGUGAGAAAGUCUAUACGCCCUCGACUAUCACGCAUAACGGGGGGCAGACGAGUGAUAGGAAUACCAAGGUGAGGGACUCGGAGGUUGCGCUUGUGCCAAGGACGGAGGGGGUGAGGUGUAUUGAGAGGAGGGCUAGGGAGGUGCAGGGGUGGAGGGAGGAGGUUUGGAUUGAAAGGUUGAGAGUCCAGAGAUAUAACUCUGGUGGACACUACAGCCAUCACUUUGACUGGAGCUCGGGGAGGGGUGGCUGGGGUAGGGUGAGCAGCUUCAUGGUUUGGGUUCAUGGUGAGGAGUUGGAGGGAGGGGGGACAGAGUUCCCCAGGUUGCAGCUGAGAGGUGAUAAGAAGAAGUGGUGCAAGUUCAUUGAGUGUGAAGACAAUCUAGAUGGCGAGGACUCGAAAGACAAGGGCGUGGAGACAGCCGAAGACAAGAAGGGAGCGGUGUUCAAAGUCAUACCUGGAAAUGCUGUUUACUGGGAGAAUUUCAGGUCUGAUGGAACCGGAAGAGGGUAUAACGAGACGUGGCAUGCUGGAUUGCCCGUGAAGAAGGGAGUCAAGGUUGGGUUGAACAUUUGGAGCUAUGGGAGGAUUGACUGAGUGAUUGGUCUCACAUGUCAAAAACGGGGGCUGUAGACAAAAAGGGGUAAAAACAAACAAAUGGGCUCAGCAACUUCCAUCACUGAUGUGAAAAGCCACAAGAAGCGAACUGUCGCUUGGCAGCAGAUACGGGGCAUCCAUGCGAAAACCACAAGAUAUGCGAGGGCGAUUCGUCGUG